UUUGUGCCUUUUUAAUAAAUCAUUUAAAAUUUUGGAAAAUAGUAGAAUAUUGUGCGGUGUUACACACUGCAUCUCCGACACCGUAGCCGCCGUUACCACCGCCACCACCACCACCGCGAGUGACAUCUUAGCCACUCCAACAAUUCCACAGAAUUUUCCCAUGCCAUCGAAUGCUCAACUCUCUCACCACUCUGCGCCGCCACUACCCAAACCUCAUCUCUUCUCUACACCACCUCACCACCAAAACAACAACCACUCCUUCCCUUUCAAUCAAGUCACACCUUAUUCAACUUUCCACCGUUAUCCCCGAUAUCACGCGCCAAUUUUGGAGGGUUCCAAUUUUGAAACCCCAACAUGUUCUGCAAAUUUUACUUGGUUUUCAAUCUCAGUGUACAGAAGUUGGUACUCGUGUUGAAAAGGUUCGAUCUUUGUAUGAAAUUUUCAAAUGGGGUGUUAAGAAAAACAACACCCAUUUUGUACAAUGUUAUGAGGUUAUGUCAUUGCUUCUUGUUCAUGCUGGGUUGUUUACAGAAGCUGAGAAUUUGAUUACUUCAUUACAGGGUAAAGGAGUUUCUUUAGGGGAAAUCGGUAGUGGGAUUUCCGAUAAACUAAUUGAAGGUUAUGUUAGUGAGAAGGAACUGGAAAAAGCAGUUUUUGUGUAUGAGGGAAUGAAGGAACGAAAAAUGGUUCCUUCGAGGUUGUGUUAUCGGGUUCUGCUUGAUUACUUGGUGAAGAUGAAGAGAACACAUGCCGCGUUUCGUGUGGCGUUUGAUUUGGUGGAAUUGGGCGAGUCUUUGUGUGGUGAUGAGAUGAAAAAUGUAGAGGAUGUUAUGGUUUUGCUUUGCGUCGACGGGAAGAUUCAAGAAGCAAGAAGCUUGAUUCGAAAGGUGUUCCGUUUGGAAAACUAUGAGGUUAGUAGCUUGGUUUUUGAUGAAAUUGCAUUUGGGUAUUGUGAGAAGAAGGACUUUAAAGAUUUGAUUAGUUUCUUUGUUGAAGUAAAUUGUGUUCCUAGUGUAAUAGCGGGUAAUAGAGUUAUGAAUUCUAUGUGUGAAAGCUAUGAUGUAGAAAGAGCGAGUUUGUUUUUGAAGGAACUCGAAAGUGUAGGUUUCGGUCCUAAUGAAGUAACCUAUGGGAUAUUAAUUGGUUGGAGCUGUUACGAAGGGAAAAUGAAAAAUGCGUUGAGUUAUUUAUCGGUUAUGCUGUCGAAAAGCUUUGUGCCGCGCUUAUGUACUUAUAAUACUCUUAUAAGUGGAUUGUUUAAAGUAGGUGCGUUAGAGAAUGCUAAGGAUAUUCUUGAUGAGAUGAUUGAUAGGGGAAUGAUACCUGAUAUUUCAACUUUUAGGGUUCUUAUAGCAGGGUAUUGUAAGUCAAGACGGUUUGAUAAAGUGAAAAGUUUGGUUGGUGAGAUGGAGAGCUGUGGUUUGGUUAACCUUUCUUCGACGGAGAGUCCCCUUUCCAAGGCGUUUCAGAUUUUGGGCUUGAACCCUUUGAAUGUGAGGUUGAAACGAGACAAUAACAAGAAACUUUUCAAAGCAGAGUUCUUUGACGAAAUGGGGAAUGGACUUUAUUUAGAUACAGAUGUUGAUGAAUUUGAGAAUCAUGUUGAUUCGGUUCUUGAAGAAUCCGUGUUACCGAACUUCAAUUCAUCUGUUAGGAAGGAAUGCAGCAGCAAUAAUGUAAAAAAUGCAUUGGUUUUGGUUGAAGAGAUGCUUUGUUGGGGCCAAGAAUUGCUUUUGCCCGAAUACUCAAAAUUAGUGAGGCAACUUUGCUCAUCUCGCUCACAAAUCACGUCAGUAAUCAAACUUUUGGAGAAAAUGCCACGGUCUGCUCGCAAACUCGAUCAUGAAACCCUCAAUUUGGUUGUACAAGCAUACAGCAAGAAGGGUUUACUUUCCCGAGCAAAAACUAUACUUGAUGAAAUGCUUCAAAACAAAUUUUAUAUCGAGAAUUUGACGUAUACCUCCUUACUCGUACCUUUAUGUAAAAAAGGAAACACGAAGGACUUCAAUUAUUACUGGAACAUUGCUUGUAGAAAUAAAUGGUUACCAAAGUUGGAGGAGUUUAAACAUCUUCUUAGUCAUAUAUGCCAUCAGAAAAUGCUUCCUGAAGCAUUACAGUUUCUCGAAAUCAUGCUUUUAGCGUACCCUCUCCAAAGGUUAGAUAUAUAUCAUAUAUUUCUAGAAGUACUUUCUUCUAAGGGUCUUACAGAUACUGCACUUGUAAAUUUAAAACAACGACAAUUCUAUUCAUUCUUCGAUCGUGCUGGUUAUAAUAAUCUUAUGAGGGGCUUAUGCAACGAGGGUAAAUUUUCGCUAGCUUUUACGAUAUUGGAUGAUAUGCUACAUAGAAAUUUGGCACCUUGUUUGGAUGUUUCACUCCUGUUAAUCCCUCAACUGUGCAAGGCCCGUAGAUAUGACAACGCGAUUGCAUUAAAAAAUAUCAUUUUGAAAGAACAGCCUUCGGUUUCUCAUUCUGCUGAUUGUGCUUUGAUAUGCGGAUUUUGUUAUUUGGGUAACAUUGAGAAAGCGGACUCUCUGUUCCGAGAUAUAUUAUCUAAAGGAUUAAUUCUAGAUGAUGAGCUUUGUAACAUGCUCAUUCAGGGCCACUGCAAAACUAAUGACUUGAGAGUAGUGGGAGAGCUACUCGGUGUUGCGAUAAGAAAGAGCUGGGAGCUGUCUCUCUCGAGUUACAGAAAUUUGGUUCAAUCGAUGUGUAUGAAGGGAAGAGUCCCGUUCGCACUGAGCUUAAAGAAUCUUAUGCUUGCACGAUGUUCACUUGAUGACGUUAUCGUAUAUAAUAUUCUUAUUUUCUAUCUUUUGUCAAGUGGAAACCGUUCAGUUGUUAAUAAGAUACUAACUGAAAUGGAAGAGAAGAAGGUUAUACUCGACGAAGUUGGUCAAAAUUAUCUUGUUUAUGGUUUUUUGCAGUGUAAAGAUUUAUCCGGUUCUUUGCAUUAUCUGACUACCAUGAUUUCGAUGGGACUCAAACCGAGUAGCCGCAGCUUAAGGAAGGUAAUAAGCAGUCUGUGUGACAUCGGAGAGCUGCAAAAAGCUGUGGAAUUGAGUCGAGAAAUGGGAUUAAGAGGAUGGAUACAUGAUUCAAUUAUCCAAACAAGAAUUGUGGAAAGCCUUCUUUCUCAUGGUUUGCUAAAAGAAGCGGAAAGUUUUUUGGACAGGAUGGAAGAGGAAUGUUUAACUCCUGACAAUAUCAAUUACGAUUACUUGAUUAAGCGUUUCUGCCAAAACAGAAGAUUGAAAACCGCAGUUCAUCUUCUGAACAUAAUGCUAAAGAAAUCCAACACUCCGAUUUCCACCAGCUAUGAUUUUCUCAUUCAUGGAUUCUGUGCACAAAGUGAAUUAGACAUGGCUUCAAAUUUUUAUUCUGAGAUGCAAAACUGGAAUCUCAAACCAAGAAUCGACACAGUGGAAGCGCUCAUGUUUAGCUUCUGCGAACAUGGGAGGACAGAACAAGCAGAACAGUUCUUAGUGGACAUGAUUCUCAAAGGCGAAACGCCAACGAGAAAAAUGUAUUGCACCGUGAUUAAAAAUUAUCACACGGAAAAGAAUCUUAAGAAGGCGUCGGAGCUCGUGCAAGCCAUGCAGGAAAAGGGCUACCAGCCUGAGUUUGACAUACAUUGGUCUCUGAUAAGCAACUUAAGCAAUGCCAAAGAAAAGGAUACUGAUAAUGCUAAGAAGGGAUUUUUAUCAAGGCUUCUUUCUAAAACUGGUUUUCUUCAAAAGAGAUGAUUCAAAUCCAAAGAGAUCUUUUCUAAAACUGGUUUUCUGCAAUUUAAAGGACUCAAUUAAAGUCAGAGUUAAGCUUUGUAUGGAUUGCCCAAAUACAAGGAUCGUUAACAAUUAAUGGAAUUUAAACACAAUCUCAAGUCUCAUGGCUUCACCAACAGGUCAAUUUAUGUGGAUUAAUAAUUGUAGUUGUAUGUCCCUACUUCAUUCACGGGGAUUAUAUAUAUCUAGUUAUUUUGUUGAUUGUCUUAUCACUUUCAUCUUUCAUUUUAUUUCGAUUCGUUGAGUCUCCUUCAUGAUUGAACUUCUCGAGAUCAAGUUUGAAAAGAUUUGUUUUUUAGCAUAUGCGCAAAACUUUCGUUAUAUUUUAUCUUGAUCAUGAUGUUUUUGAUUAGUUGCAUGAGUAAGUGAAAGGACAAUAUUUUAUGUUUUUGACUUGAGUUUGGUUCUAAGUAAAAUCUCAAAAUAUCUUUAAAAUCAUGAAAAAUUGAGAUUUUACAUGUUUGAUUUGAAUCAUGGAGUUUACACAUAUUUUGUGAUUAUGAUCAAAAUCGGAUAGAGGCAAAACUGAGUCAUUUGGUUCAAACCAUUUUUUACACUUGAUUCAAAUCAAUUUUCUAACGUCCACUUCUGUUUAAUUUGAUUCGAAUCAAAUUUUUAACAUGAUUCAACUCACUCACUUUUUCAAUAUUUUUCUAUGAGGGUUGUGGCAUUUGAUCCAAAUCAAUUUGUGUACAUGAUUUGAAUCAUGUGGCUCAUGAUUCGAAUCACUCUUUCCCUGAUUCGAAUAAAUUAACAAAUUUUCAAAUUUCUGUUUUCCUUUUAUUACAAUACACUUGCUCAUUUGAUUCAAAUUAUAAAUUGUUCUUGAUUCAAUCUAACUGACUUUUUUUAAACAUUUUGUGUACUUAAUCUCAAGCACAUAUAAAACCUUUUUUCAUCAUUUCUCAUAUAACAUCUAUCAUGCGGAUCAUAAUUUUUCAGUGUGACUUUAGUGAAAAAUCAAUUUCCACUGGUUUGAGUGUUCAAAGUCUUGCAACGAAAUUAUUGCAUCUUCAACUUCUUUUGGUUCAGAUCUUGAUAACGAGAGUUUUGUAAUUGGUUGAAGGAUGCACGUCCUUGAAACUAAUCGUUCUUGGAGAUCUUGUUGAGUUUUCAGGUUUUUAGCAAGAUUGAGGUGAUUGUCAAUGGUGGUGACAAAUUCCAUUGAAAAUGAGUAGGUUUUUUUCUCCAGAAUUGUCUUAGUAGUGACUGUGUGAAAGGUUAUGGAUAAGGCAGGCUUAUCUUAGAUCUUUGGAUAAUUUCACUGCUCAAGGAAUCAGUAGGGUCAAGGGGUUGAUAGCUACAUACGAAGGCUUUGAGCAUAAUUUGUGAUAUUAGAAGAUUCAAGAAACGUAAUUUGAGUAAAGAUUACGUAGAAGAGUUUGGCAAGUGUGUUGUAUACAAGUCAAGAUCCAAAUAGGAGAUUUAUUUUCUCAGUUGUAUUGUGGAUUGGUGAUUGUAUGAUCUCUUGGAAAUAUUUCUCAAAUAACAAGGAACCGUGCAGGUUCUAAUAGGAAACAAUUUAAGAGUGCACAUAGACAAAGUGAGGACAA